AUGAUAAUGGGAAAAAACCAAACUCUCAUCUCAGAGUUCCUCCUCCUGGGCCUGCCCAUCCAGCCAGAGCACCAGAACCUCUUCUAUGCCCUGUUCCUGGCCAUGUAUCUUACCACCGUCCUGGGGAACCUCAUCAUCAUCACCCUCAUCCACCUGGACUCCCAUCUGCACACUCCCAUGUAUUUGUUUCUCAGCAACUUGUCCUUCUCUGACCUCUGCUUUUCCUCUGUCACCAUGCCCAAAUUGCUACAGAACAUGCAGAGUGAAGUCCCCUCCAUCCCCUAUGCAGGCUGCCUGACACAAAUAUACUUCUUCCUGUUUUUUGGAGACCUUGGGAACUUCAUCCUUGUGGCCAUGGCCUAUGACCGCUAUGUGGCCAUCUGCUUCCCCCUGCACUACACCACCAUCAUGAGCCCCAAGCUCUGUCUCUCCCUGGUGGUGCUGUCCUGGGUGCAGACCACGUUCUAUUCCUUGUUGCACACCCUGCUAGUUAACAGAUUAUCCUUCUGUGCAGACAAUGUGAUCCCGCACUUUUUCUGUGAAAUAUCCGCCCUGCUCAAGCUGGCCUGCUCUGACACUCAAGUAAAUGAGUGGGUGCUAUUUAUUAUAGGAGGAAUUGUUGCUGUCAUCCCAUUCCUACUCAUUCUUGUGUCCUAUGCAAAGAUAGUGUCCUCCAUUCUCAAUGUCCCUUCUCCUCGAGGUAUCUGUAAGGCCUUCUCCACCUGUGGCUCCCACCUCUCUGUGGUGUCAUUGUUCUAUGGGACAGUCAUUGGUCUGUACUUAUGUCCAACAGCUAAUAAAUCUACUGUGAAAGACACUGUCAUGGCUCUGAUGUACAUGGUGGUGACUCCCAUGCUGAACCCCUUCAUCUACAGCCUGAGGAACAGAGACAUAAAGGGGGCCCUAAGAAGGGCUCUUUUUAGAAAGAAAAAUUCCUUCUGUGUGUGA